GUCGCGGGGCGGCCGCGUGAUCGAGCGCCCGGCCCGGCGCGGAGCCAUGGGCCAGACGUCGGUGUCCGCGCUGUCCCCGCAGCCCGGCAGCGUUGAUGGACUGGACAAAGCUUCUAUAGCCAACUCCGAUGGCCCUGCAGCGGGAUCCCAAACACCACCCUUCAAGAGAAAGGGGAAACUGUCUUCCAUUGGUAAAAUCUUUAAGCCUUGGAAAUGGAGGAAAAAGAAGACCAGUGACAAAUUCAGAGAAACUUCUGCAGUCCUAGAAAGGAAGAUUUCUACCAGACAAAGUAGAGAAGAGCUGAUCAGAAGGGGAGUUCUUAAAGAAUUGCCUGAUCCAGAUGGAGAUGUAACAGUUAACUUUGAAAAUUCAAACGGGCACAUGAUCCCCAUCGGCGAGGAAGCUACCCGGGAGGAAACUAUAGUAAAAUCUGAAGAAGGUAAUGGCUCUGUAGCUGAAAAGGCACCACUUCUGGAGGAAAAGGCAGAAGAUAAGCAAGAGAAAACUGAAAACCACUCUGCAAAACCAACAGUUCCUGUUUCACCUUCUCCAGCUCACCAUAAAUCUAGAGCCAAAGCUAAGCCCAAAAAAACACCUGAGCCUCCAAAAGGGGCUUCAGCUGGGGCCGGCCCCAAGGGUGAUGAAGUGCCUCCUAGUAAAAAAUAUGCCAAGUCUCCUGGUAAGCAGGCCCCCGCCCCUCCACCCAAGCAAAGCAGCCGAAACACGACCCGAGAGACUGCUGGCUCCUCUCACUUAAAAAAAACAACUGGUUCCAAAACUUCUACUUCAUCAUCUGCCUCCAACGUCUCUCGUUCCAAAGCUUCAAAGGAGACAGUAUCCAGUAAAACGGGGGCUGUGGGAGCCACAAAGGGCAAGAAAAAAACUGGCCGGCAUCCCACGUCACGGCCACCCCCUGAUGCUACCACUUCAGGCUCAUCUGACAUUAAAGGAGAGUUUUUGGAAACCAGAGGGGAGAGUCAGAAGGCUGGUCAGACUGUCUAUGGGACCAAGGAUCAGGCCACAGGCAAAUCCAAGUCUGCUAUCCCACUGCCCCCUGUGACUCCACCUCCUCCCCCACCUGCUCCUGCUCUGCUUCCAGAGGAGCAGGGCUCAGUGACCUCCAACAAGCCUUUUGUUCUGGUCAGCAAUGGAGUGGACCCCCCCUUCCCUAUCUUCGACCUCACUCAGCUGCUCGAGCCGGAAGAGCCAACUGAAGGAACCACCACGCAUCCAGGCACGGGUUUAAAUGUUAGCAAAGCAAACCUCAAAUGUGUCGCCACCAAAGAUGAGCAGGGAAAGGCAGCGAUACAGUUACUGACACCUGGACUGGUCGGAAAAUGUUCCGAGUUCUCCAGUGCCUCAGAGGACGAUGGCCAAAAGGAAUAUCAGACCAACGACUCAGACUCUGAUGGGCCUAUUCUGUACACUGAUGACGACGAUGAAGAUGAUGAUGAGGAUGGCAGUGGAGAAAGUGCUCUGGCGAGUAAAAUACGACGAAGGGAUACUCUCGCAAUCAAACUUGGCAACAGACCAUCUAAGAAGGAGUUGGAGGACAAAAACAUCUUGCAGAGCACUUCUGAGGAAGAGAGGCAAGAAAUUCGACAACAGAUUGGAACGAAGUUGGUCAGGAGACUUAGUCAGAGGCCCACUACCGAAGAAUUAGAGCAAAGAAAUAUCUUAAAACAGAAGAAUGAAGAAGAAGAACAAGAAGCAAAAAUGGAACUUAAACGUAGACUCAGCAGAAAGCUGAGCCUGAGGCCCACAGUGGCAGAACUCCAAGCCCGAAGGAUCCUGCGGUUUAACGAGUACGUCGAAGUGACUGAUUCUCCCGACUAUGAUCGCCGAGCAGACAAGCCCUGGGCCAGGCUCACACCUGCAGACAAGGCAGCCAUAAGGAAAGAACUGAAUGAAUUUAAAAGCACAGAAAUGGAAGUUCAUGAAGAGAGUCGACAGUUUACAAGAUUUCAUCGUCCGUAGUGAGGUGGAAGAGACUCUUUGGAGCCAUAAGACUGGUCAUCUUGGGGGGGAAGCCUCACUUCCUGAAAACCUGAUGUUGCACUGGGAUUUAAAUGUGUGUUUCCAUUUAACUUGUGGUGAAGGAAGUGUUUGGAAUAUGUUCCCCACCUGUACAGCCCAAAUGAGGCCACAAGCAAAGGGGAGGCUGUAGUGGUCCUUGCUGCCCAAUUUGUGUACUGAUGGUAAGAGACACCACAAUGACACUGAUUAUUCUUCCUCGGAAGUUUUAAUCAGAGAAGACACAUCACUGCAGGAGAUGGUCGCUGGCUUCCUGUUACCAGAAAGCUGCAUUUUCAAGUGUGGGUAAAGAAAACCAGGGAAUAGAAUAUGCUGCACAACAGAAAGGGAAUGUGUUUGAAAAUCAGAAAGAAUAAGAGACGUUUCAUUAUGUUAAUGAGGGAGAGAAGAAAUUGAACCAUACAUGUAUUUUUUGAAGUGGGUAUUUGGUAAUGGAGAACUUAGUAAGAGAUUUGGGAACAUCAUCAACCUAUGAGGAUUU